AUGUUCGAGACCGAUGAUUUGCACGGGACCAAGAAUGGGGCGGCUUCAAUGGCAGGUAUCCGCGACAAAAUAAUCGGGUUUCAAAGUCGCAAUGUAGUCUUGGCAAUCACUCCCUCAUGGUCCAAAUUACAACGUCAAUCAAAUGAGUUUUUUAAUUGUCAAAACGCUCAGUGGUUGAGAUACGGUCUUGAUUUCAAUACAACGACUUAUUUCAUUCAUAUUGCGAAUGGAAAUGCCUCCACAACUGCGGCCAAACGCUUCAUGGGAGAGCGAUGCGGAGUAUGGAGCAGAGAACAGAUAAAUCUCCGCAUUGACGAAUUCGCACCUUUGAAGUUGCCAAUGUGGCUCUCAAGGUUGUUCAAGCUGUGA